UGAUUUUGCAUUUCCGGGGAGAGAACUGUAAGUAAACAAUACAGUUCUCUCCCCUGUCAGCUCCUGCACACUGCUAUGCAUUGCUUUGCAUAGCAGAGCCAUGCAAAGAAGUGUGCUUACAGUGAAGCACAAACACACAGCACACAGUAAAUCACACACAGCACACAGUUAACCCUUUUAUCGCCCACAUGUUAACCCCUUCCUGCCCAGUGCCAUUAGUACAGUGUCAGUGCUUUUUAUUAGCACUGAUCACUGUAUUGGUGUCACUGGUGAUGUCAGUGACGCCAAGUCAGUUCCCCCCCCAGUAUCACUGCCUGCUGCAGUCCCGCUAU